CUGAGUUCUUCCAAGUUUAGCUCGCUCAAUCAAAGUCGUUUGUUUACGUGCGUUUGGAGCAGAUCUUGUUUUCGGUUUCAUAAAGCUGCACACAUGAUAAGAGUACAUAGUGCCACCAUCUCGAGUUUGCUUAAACAAUCACAUCACAUAAUGCUGUCAUCAAUAGUGAGACGCCGGCUGAGCAGUUCGUGUUCUUUAUUAUCAUCAACAAAAUCAUCAUCACCAUCGUCAUCGGUGCUGGCCCGAAAGUGGAUCUACGCCAAAACAUUCAAAGGGGAGCCCUCUCAGCAGAACUUUCGACUCGAGAGCGAGAACUUGCCCGCGCUCAAAGAUGGAGACUUCCUGGCAAAGGCGGAGUUUAUUAGCGUGGAUCCGUACAUGCGCCCGUACAUGAUGGCCUACCCGGAGGGAUCGCUUAUGAUCGGGGGCCAGAUCAGCAAGGUUGUCGAGAGCAAGAAUCCGGCCUUUCCGGUCGGAGCGACCGUAUUUGGGCAGUUUGGCUGGAGGACCCACACGGUGUGCAAUCCGAGUAAAUUGGAGCGCGAUUUUCCCUAUGUGCUUCCGGAACUUCCGGGUUCUUUGCCCACGAGUUUAGGGUUGGGAGUUCUGGGGAUGCCAGGUAAUACGGCGUAUUUUGGAUUGUUGGAGUUGUGUUCGCCCAAGAAGGGGGAAACGGUACUCGUUAGCGGGGCAGCCGGUGCAGUUGGAAGUUUGGUGGGACAAAUAGCUAAAAUUCAAGGCUGCAGGGUGGUUGGCCUGGCUGGAUCCGAUGAAAAAUGUCGCUGGUUGAAAGAAAUCGGAUUUGACGAGACCAUCAAUUAUAAAACAACGGCGGACUUGUACGGCGAUAUGAAGAAGGCGGCACCGAAAGGUUUUGAUGUGUACUUCGAUAACGUCGGGGGCAGAACGUCUGAGCUGGCGAUCAAAUUGAUGAAUUUGUAUGGCCGGAUAGCCGUUUGUGGAACGAUUUCAAACUACAACAGCACCUCUAUCGAUAAGGUAACGGAUCCACUGCGGAUGAUGGUUUUCAAGCAGCUCAAGAUGGAAGGUUUUCUCGUUUGGCGUUGGAACGAUCGGUGGAUGGAAGGGAUUGAGGCCAACCUCAAGUGGAUCAAGGACGGGAAGCUUAAAUGGCAAGAGACGGUGACCGAGGGUUUUGAAAACACACCGGAGGCAUUUAUGGACAUGCUCAAGGGGGGAAACGUUGGGAAGGCGGUGGUAAAAGUGUGAUGAAGAAAUAGCUUUCUGUUUAAA